AUGCCAAUAAAUCUAAGCCCAUGUCAGUCAGGACCUUCAAAAACUGAAAUCGAUGUAAGGAAAUUAAAUUUCUUUCCAAACAAUAACAAUAACGCUGCCGUUGUUAACACUACUCAUGAUGGUAAUAAUAAUAAUAAUAAAUCUUUGAAUAAAAAACCACCAAAUGACAUGAACUUUUCCUUACCAAGUAUAAGGGAGAUCGUUAAGAUAAAUCAAGAAUUAAGGUCUACAAAGGAUUUAGAGAUCAACAAAUUUCAAAUUAAAACUGAAGAUACUUUGAUGAAGUUUAAGACUCCAGUAUCCUCACAUAACGGAGCAAUGAUGUCAAUCGAUGGCACUCAUCCUUAUCAAAUGCCAUCUGCUAAGGAGAAAAGAAAAUACACCAAUGGCACUAGAAAAUUAAGUUUAAGUGGAGUUCCUUCAAUGAAGUCUGAAUUACGUCUAGCUUCUAUUAAAAAUUGGUUAUAUACAACGACGACCACGACCACCACAACUUCAGUGAACAAUCUUGGUAAUGAAUUCCCAUUCGAUCGUGCUGCAAACAGUAUUUAUGAAAUCGGCGAUGAAUUCAAUUUCGAUUUCAAUAAUGGCACUGAUGAGAAUAUAAAUAUAACUUCAAACCAUGAAUCUACUACGAUAGUUACUCCAAUUGCAUUACCAUAUGCAGCGUCAGACAGAGGUACCUCCAAACAUAAUACGAUAACUAGUGUAGUACAUAAAAACGGGACAUUGACCAAAAAUAAAUCUGAACCGUUCCAAGAAUACAAACAGUAUUACGGGAUGGCUUUGCCCUUGGAUUAUGUCAAUGCAGUAGAGCAAUGGCAAUCCAAACAAAAAGAUGACACUAAUUUAACCAGAACUAGAAUGAGCCAACAACUGUCCAGGGAAUUACAAGCCAAUCAUCAAAAUAACAUGGCUUCAGAAUCCCAUUGGUUUCCAUGGUGUUGUUGA